AACGGAAUUAAAAGAAACUUGUAAAAAAAAUCAUAAUAAAGGAUUAAAAACUUACGUUAGAAAAAGGUCAAUUAGUGCGGAAGUUGCGGGUGUGUAAUGGGUUAACGGCGGAAGGCCUCGCCUCACCUUUCGUGCGCGUCACCCGGCUCUGUAAAGUGGUCCCACCACCCAAACCAAAGGGGGGGAAAAAUCACCGCCUCUCGCAGCCGCCAGACGCGCCUCCUCGCAUCGGUCGGUCUCGCAUCAUCCUGUCGGUCUCCGCCCCGCCGCUCCAUCACCACACACAUCCAGAAGACAACGGGAACUGGAGGAAUAACAGUGAUUUACCGGCGAAAUAGGGAACCAUGAAGGACCGCAUGCAAGAACUUAGACAUGGGAAGGAGACGACAGAGGAGGAGGAUGAAGUCGCUGUGGGGAUGGAAAAAGGCUUUAUGGAUGAAUUCUUUGAACAGGUGGAAGAAAUCCGGGGUUUUAUCGAGUCUCUGGCAGAGAAAGUUGAAGAGGUGAAGAGGAAGCACAGCGCCAUCCUCGCCUCACCUAACCCCGAUGAGAAAACUAAGGCUGAGCUGGAGGAUCUUAUGGCAGACAUCAAGAAGUUGGCCAACAAAGUACGCUCCAAAUUAAAGAGUAUCCAGCAAACCAUUGAGCAAGAAGAAGGGCAGAACAGGUCAUCAGCUGACCUGAGGAUACGUAAAACACAGCACUCCACACUGUCCCGUAAGUUUGUCGAGGUGAUGUCAGAAUACAACACCACCCAGUCAGACUACAGGGAGCGCUGCAAGGGACGCAUUCAGAGACAGCUGGAGAUCACUGGGAGAAACACAACAAAUGAGGAGCUGGAGAGCAUGUUGGAGAGUGACAACCCAGCUAUCUUUACCUCAGGGAUCAUCAUGGACAACAUCACCCAGCAAGCUAUGAAUGAGAUUGAGACACGGCACAAUGAGAUUAUCAAGCUGGAAAACAGUAUCAGAGAGCUUCACGACAUGUUCAUGGACAUGGCCAUGCUGGUGGAGAGCCAGGGAGAGUUGGUGAACAACAUUGAGCGGAGUGUGCAGGAGGCUCAGGAGUAUGUGGAGCAGGCAAAGGAGAGCAUCCCAAAAUGCAAAAAGUUCAAAAAGACCAGCAGACGGAAGGUGAUCCUGAUAGGAGGUUGUAUUGCAGUAUGUGUGACCGUCCUCAUUAUUUCCCUCGCAAUUGGUCUCAGUUAGGACCAUAGGAAAUCCCGACAGAGCAGACAGGGCAGGACAUGGUGCCUGCUAUUAACGUCAUGAAUGUAUGACUACCAAUGACACACAAUACUCACUGUUCAUCUGUUAAACUGUAUAGCGCAGUCCGUAACCGCUCAUUAACUGGUAAGCUGGCUUACAUGGCUGGUCUGAAGGCAGACCAGUAUGUCUCUGAUAUUGUACAUUCAUUUUUAGAUGCAUUUUUUUUUUUAAUGUAUGCUUUUUCUAAACUAAAUAAUCAAGCACCUUGAGGAACUGUUGUAAUGUGCUUUGUGUCUGUUUGUGUCAUGAAUCACAUCAAUUACCUUUGUCAUGUGCAUGUUGUGUAGCCUGUUUAAGAGCUUUGCAUGUUUUGCAUGUCAGCAUAGAGUAAGUUCAUGAACAGUCUUCUUAAACUUAAAAAUCGUUGUGGUUUUACAGGGGUUCAUGUGCUGGACUGUUUCUUGGCCUACUGCAAAAACUGUUUGAAGGUUGCCUGACAACCAGCAGAGACAAUUAAUGACAAUACUCCAGGAAGUCACUGAACUUGGCCAAGAAAUAGUCCAGCACCUAAACCCUAUGGAUCAAUUAUAAAUACCAGACUCCAAGAUGCAGUACCUAAAGAGGCCACUGGGACAAAUUGGCAACAGUUAGCUGUACUAAUACAUUUAUGAUAUAAAUCCCUGUGAAACACAAAAUGUUUUAACACUUAAGAUUAAAUAAUGUAUAACAUGUUAAUAACAAGGUGCUGAUAGGCAGAUUUUGUCAUCUUUGGACAGAGCCAGCUGCAGACUCCAGCAACAUUGUAAAAAGACAUGUUUUAUGAGUGAAGUUUGCUUCCCAGUGCACACCAGUGUGCACAUGUAUUGCUUUCAGCUUAUUUCAAGAGGUAGCUAGUUGUAUUGCUGUGUACCACAUUAUCAUCUUUGAUACUACUAUGGUAACCACUAUGGUUUUAACUGUAGAGUAUAUGGAAAUGCUUCUAAAGCACACUCCACAUUCAAACGUCAUCAGAUACAUUAAAUCAAAAUUUCCUCUGUUCCUCUGCUUUUCUUCUAAACUGCAUUUGAUUUUGUUGUGAUUGUUAUAAAUAUUGUAACAUUAAAUUGAUGUAUAAAGUCAUAUUUCUAACAUGUCUUCAUCUGUUCCCCCAUUUGCUGCCUUGGAUUCCUGCUUAUUUGUUCUUUGUUAUCACUAUUCAGAAGAAAAUUAUGAUUCUUAUAUGCUGUGUGAUUCUGGGAAUUGUCAUUGCUUCCAUCGUUGGGGGAAUGCUGGCCUAAACCUCAGCCACAGUGACACUAAAAGGCACACAAAUACACACACACACACACACACACACACA